AUGGAUAACAGCAUUAAAAUCUGGAAUACAUCUUCCAGCCGACGUCUCAUAGGGCACUCGGCUCCGAUCGCCUCUGUUGCAUUUUCGCCCGACGGGAAGAGGAUUGCUUCCGGCUCUUGGGAUCACACCGUAAUCAUCUGGGAUGCCUUCACUGGCGCGAUGGUCGGAAAGCCAUACAAAGGACACGAACACCGGGUCACUUGCGUCGCAUUCAUACCAGAUUCUAGAUGUGUGGCUUCAGCUUCCCUCGAUCGAACCGUACAACUGUGGGACACGGAAAAUGGAGAUGCAGUGUGGACGAUUAAUCAAGCUGCUUUUAUCCAUUAUGUCACGUCUUCGCCGGAUGGACGACGCAUUUUUGGAGCUUCUUUGGAUCAAACGGUCCGCGUCUGGGAUGCGGCGACAGGUGUUCCCAUAGGCCAGCCAUUCAAGGGGCAUACAGGUUCUGUUAUAUGCGUCGCAUUCUCACCUCUCGAGAAUCGAGUGGUAUCGGGCUCUAUGGAUGGAAGCAUACGCCUCUGGGACACGGUAACUGGCCAAUCUAGCAAAACAUUCCUAGGACAUGGCGGUGCAGUCACUUCAGUCGCCUUUUCGCGUGACGGGAAACAUAUCGUCUCUGGCUCUGUAGAUCAAGCGAUCCGCAUCUGGGAGACGGAUUCUGGUGAGGCCGUCGGCUUUCCGUUCACAGGACACACGGGAUCCAUCACUUCUGUCAUCUUUUCGCCUAACGAGAGUGAUAUCGUCUCCAGUAGUAUAGAUGGGAGCAUUAAAUGGUGGCGGGCCUACCCUUUCGUAGGACACCAAGGCAGUAUCAACUCUAUUGCGUUCUCCCUGAACGGCAAACGCGUCGUCACAGGCUCAGACGAUAUGACGAUUAGGGUUUGGGACGCAGAGACCGGCGAAGCUGUUGGGAAGCCGCUUAAAGGACACACCAGCCCAGUCCUCUCGGUUGCAUAUUCACCAUACCAAGAGCAUGUUGUUUCGGGCUCGGGUUCUGUUGAUAGAACGAUCCGUGGUGACAGAACGGUCCGAAUCUGGAACGUGGAAACUGGAGAAGCCAUUGGGAAGCCCUUGAAGGGGCACAAGGACGCUGUGAACUCUGUCGCUUUUUCUCCAGAUGGCGAGUGUGUGGCCUCGGGCUCAGGCGACAGGACGAUACGACUCUGGAACGCUAAAAGCGGCGAGGCCCUGGGCGAAGUACUAACAGGGCAUCAAUCCAGCGUCUUUUCUGUCGCGUAUUCGCCGAAUGGAAAGAGGCUUCUUUCGGCGUCUUGGGAUGGUAGCAUUCUAGCAUGGGAUAUUGUCGGCGCUGAGACGAGCACUGUAUUCGGAAAACCACUCUGUGGACACGUGAGUCAGGUUUCUUCCAUCGCAUAUUCCCCGGAUGGCACGCGCGUCGUUUUGGGAUCUGAGAAUGGAGUGGUCCAACUCUGGGACAUUGAGACUGGCCAUGCUAUUGGAGAGCCUCUGGAAGGACACCGACUUCCUGUUACCUGCGUCGCAUUUUCCCCAGACGGAACACGCAUGGUCUCAGGCUCAGAGGAUCAAACAAUCCAAGAAUGGGAUGCAGUAACGGGCGGGCCCAUCGGGACAUCGAUGGAAAGUCACGGUGGAAAGAUCCUCUCCAUUGCAAUCUCGCCUGAUGGGAAACAGAUGGUGUCGGGAUCUCAAACUGGCCAUAUCGAGGUCUGGGACAUUGUUAAGAGCAGGGGAUCUUUGUCCGCUGGAUGGCGGCGGCGUUCUUUCUGCGUUAGAACCAUUGAUACUCGGUAG